AUGGAAAUGAAGACAUCUAUGGGUUUAUCACGCUUUCAGUUAGUCUAUGGGAAAACAUGUCAUUUGCCAGUGGAGAUAGAGCAUAAAGCUUUGUGGGCUCUUAAAUUUUUGAAUUUUGAUCCCUAUGAAACUCAGAAUAAACGCAGAAGGCAGAUGUUGGAGCUUGAAGAGAUGAGGAAGUUGAUAAAAAAAGUCUUUAAUCCAGGGCAGCAGGUGUUAUUGUUCAAUUCACGAUUAAAGUUGUUUCCUGGAAAGUUGAAGUCAAAUUGGUCAGGAUCGUUCAUAGUGAAAGGUGUGUAUCCACAUGGAGCAAUUGAUUUGGUUGAUCCAGUUACUAGUGACCCACAGAGAAGCUGGGUAGUGAAAUGUCAACGUCUUAAGCAUGAUCUGAGAGAAGUGGAACGCUUGUCCACAGUGAUGAAGUUGGUUGAUCCUUGA